GUUGGGUUAGUCGAGAGUGAGACUUCAGUAAGUGCAGAUCAGCAAUCUAGUGGGGUUAUCAUCAUCAUUGCAGCCCGAGAAUCCCUCCACCAGAAUGUGCACCAAAUCCCUGGCCUACUGGCUCAUCUUCGGCAUCUGCUGGUGUCACAUAGCCGGCAAUGCCCUGGACCAAUAUGGCAUAACCUUGUCCGGUGGAUCCAGCACAACGGAGAGAAUCAAUUCGGCCAUGCGUUGCAUGAACAUCAAUCCCCAGAACUCGGUGGAUCUGGAGCAGAUAAUGGGACUCUGGUACGGCAGCGAGAUCAUCGUCCACAGCCAAGACUUUCCCGGCGUCUAUGAGUACGAUUCGUGCGUGAUCAUACACCUGGCUGACGUGACCGAUCAGAUGGUCAACAGCCUCAACAAUCGUGGCUACGGCGGCGGAAAUGGCGGUGGCGGUGGCUAUGGAUUGCCGGAUUACAACCGCAACCAGAACAACUACGGACGUGCCCCGACCACGCCUUCGUAUAUGGGCGAGGACGAUUACCCGAAUCAUCAGGGUCGGGUGAAGCAGAAUUAUCUGCGUUUGGUGUGGAGUGAACGCGACAAUAAUCUGGAGUAUACGUUCAACUACACGACCCGAACACCCGGCCAGUGGUCCAACAUUGGGGAUCAGCGCGGCAGUCUGGUGACCCUCAACUCCUACACGCAAUUCACGGGCACCGUGCAGGUGGUCAAGGCGGUCAACGAUCACCUGGUGCUGACCUUCUGUGGCAACGAUGUGAAGAGCUCCAUCUACACGGUGGUGUUGUCACGCAAUCGCCUGGGACUCAGUGCAGAUGAGCUGCGCAGCAUUCGUAAUCUACUCUCACGGCGUGGCCUCUACACGGAAACCAUUCGAAAGGUCUGCAAUGGCUGUGGGCAACUGGGCGGCAGCAUCAUCUCGGUGCUCCUGCUGCUUCUGCUCGUCUGGGGUCGCGGCCAGUGAGGUCAAUCGCCGGAGCCGAAGCCGAAGCCGGAGCAGCUAUCGUAUUUAAUGAGUCCAGCCAUACUAUGUUAAUUUAUGUGUAAUCUACUUAAGCAAUACAGAGACGAGAGAUCGCCGCGUGCACUCCCC